AGAAGCAAUUUUCGGCAACCAUGAAAGUGGUCAACCAACGGAAGCAGCGGCGUCAACAAGAGCGUCAAGACAAGAAGCAGCAUAAGAACAGUCGAGCACAACAGAAGAAAAGCGUGCCAGCCACACAUGCCAAAGCAAAUAGUCAGGUUGCAGCCUUCAAGGGCAAGAGAAAAGCCCCACCGAGUAGCACCGACCCUGCCAAGCGACCGCGCGUGGGAAUUCAGAACAAGUUCAUGGAAAUGAUCCAAGCUCAGGCUGAUGAUGGAAUGAUAAGUUUGUCAACGACUACCAAAAAAGGCGCUGGAGUGAAGAAGCUGCGAUCUGCAGAGGACGACGCCUUGAAGAAGUUGGAAGCAAACUUGGGCAUUUCCAAGACGAACGGCAGAACCAAGCUGAACAAGGAAUUUGAAAACGACGGACUCGGCACCGACUUCGCCGACUUUCUCACGAGUUUGGACGAUCUGUCGAAAAAGAUCCAGGGCAGCGAUCACUCCGAGUCUGGUGACGACUCGUUUGACAGCGGCGACGACGGAAGCGGCGACGACCAAGACUUGCAGGACGAGAUCAACAUGUUGGCGACCGAAGAUGCCGGGUUUUUGCAAGGCUUUGACGACUUGCCCACGGACGACGAAGACGAAGUCGAUGACUUGGCGCAGUACGAAAGCGACGACGAGGACAUGAGUGAUGACGAAGACGAAGACGUGGCUCGAAACACCAAGUCGAAUAGCCAAACCACAGUGGAACAAGACGACAGCAUCGACGAUGAUGAUACCAACAGCAAGCCAACCGAUUUGAAAAUUGAGGAAGACAUCUAUGGUCGACCCAAGAUGGCCCCAUCCGGUUCAAGCGAAGCCAGUCGUUACGUGCCGCCGCAUUUGCGUGUGGCUUCCACCAGCAACGAGAAUUUGCUGCGGGAGAUCCGUCGACGUGUGAACGGCCAGCUCAAUCGCUUGGCAGAAAGCAACAUGGAGUCCAUUGCGAUGGAGUUUGAGUCCAUUUAUCGGGCGCACGUGCGGGCUGAUGUGAACCGAGUGUUGCUAGAGACCCUGCUGGCAACGUGCUGCCAUGAGACCCAAGUGAUGACGCAGUUGAUCACGGUCAACGCUGCCCUACUGGGGGCGUUAUUCCACUCGAUUGGCACGGAAAUCGUUGGGUUCUUUGUUGAAAACUUUGUGCAGCUAUUUCACAAGAAACUGGAAGCCCUGCACCAGUCAAGACUGGCCACCAGCGACGACGACACGCCGUCCAAAGAAACCUCCAACUUGUUGCUGUUCAUCACGAAUUUGUACGGGUUUGAAACCGUGCAUUGCACGCUGGUGUACGACAUUUUCCGAUAUCUUUCGGACAGCUUCACGCCCAUCGACGUGGAAUUGCUUCACUUGCUGCUCCAACACUGCGGUCCGUCUUUGCGCGCGGACGACCCAAACGCCUUGUCUGAAAUGAUCACGUCGAUCCAAGCAAAGUCUGCGACCCACGAAGAAAAGCGGGUGCAAUUCCUGCUGGACCUGAUUUCAAACUUGAAGAAGCAGAAAGCCAAGUCCAAAGGCACGUCCGCCCUCUCGUCCGAUCGAUUUCUGCACUUGCGCAAGUGGAUUGGCCGGGUCAAGACCCGCGUGGGCCAUGCCAACAACCCGUUGCGCGUAUCGCUGUCGGAGCUCUUGGCUGCGGAUGCCCAAGGACGAUGGUGGAUUAUUGGCGGGACGUGGGUACCUCCAAGCCAACCUACCGCGAAACAAGAAGGAACGUCGCGGACAAGUAGUUUGCUGCGCUUGGCGGAGAAGCAACGCAUGAACACAGACGUCCGUCGCGCCAUCUUUUGUGCUAUCAUGGGUUCGUCCGAUUUCAUCGAAGCGCAUGACGCGGUGCUUAAACUGGGACUUAAGGACAAGCAAGAGCGAGAAAUUAUCCGCGUACUGCUGCAUUGUUGCGGAAAAGAAGCCAAGUACAACCCGUUCUACGCCCUUCUCGGGUCCAAAUUUGCGCAGAGCGACACCCGCUACAAGUUUACGCUGCAACUUGCCUUUUGGGAUAUUUUCAAGCAGAUGGCCGAGUGGAAACCUCGCCAAGUGUACAACCUCGGGUGUUUGCUCGCCAGUCUCUUGGAGUCGGACGCCAUGGGCUUGUCCUGCCUCAAGGUGUUGGACUUUACCGAGCUGUCGCCGUCGGCGGUGCUGUUUCUCAAAGUCGUGUUUGAAAAACUGCUCUUGAUUGAAGACGAAAGCACGGUUCUCGUCGUGUUUGAGCGCAUUGCCCUACAAAAAGUCAAGACGCCUGCCCUGCGUGACGGCAUCACCGUGUUCCUCCACCAGCACAUGUUGCCAUACAAGUUCAAAGACUCCAAGGGCAAAUCCCGCGCCAAAAUGGUGUGUGCUUUGCUCGACGCUAUGGGCAAAAAGUAGAUGGAUCUGUGGACAAGAAUUGCAUCCACAAUACCAGCCAGCACACUUUAGGUUGUCGUUGAUUGAAAUACAAAUGAAUUUUCCUUGCACUAA